GAAAAUGGAAUAAUCCUUCAAUCAUUGGUCAGUGUAUACCACCUGCUAGUCACUUUAUCAUUGAAAAGAUCAACAACACUAGAGCUGUUUUGUUUGGUGGACGAGAGACUGAUGAUGAUGCUAAGUAUACUGUUACUAACAAUAUUUAUAUAUUAGAGAUAUCAAUCAGCACUGUGUUCUGGCAGUGUAUAAAGAAACCUGAAGCAAUAGACCAAUGGCCUGUGGGUAAAUACUAUCAUGCAGGUGCUAUUAUUAUAACUGGAUCAGACUGUCCUAUGCUAGUGAUAAGUGGUGGAAGGGAUAAGAAUAAAGAUACAUUAGAUGAUUGUUGGAUCUUUAACAUCACUCAACAUUCCUGGAUAAAGUUAGAUGUACCUCAAUCUGUUAAUAAGAGAUUGGGUCAUUCUCUCUCAGUGUUCAUUAUGAGUCCUCAUUGUGUCUGGAUAAUAACUACUGGAGGAUAUGUUGAUAUGAGACGGACAUUUGUCACUAAUCCUAACAUUGUUAUGUUAACUGAACUAGUUACUAACAGUAAAGGAGAGUGGACAGUAGGUGAUACAUUAGAUACCAAUGGUAUGAAUGAUGAAGAAUACAAGAAGAAGUAUCAGCAGCAACUACAGACAGGAAGAAGAAUAUGGUUGGAGGAGUACCAGAAACCAAGAAAAGGAGAUACAGCCGAUAUUGAGCAAACCGUACAAGCUCUUAUGAAGAGUCUUGAAGAGAAGAAGAGAGAAGCACAAGUUUAUCAUCAACAAUUGGAGCAGAAGGAAAGAGAGGAAGCAGAGAAAGAGCAAGAAAUAAGAAGAUAUCGUCAUCAGCUACAAGAGAAGGAUAGGGAGCAUCAGCUGGUACUGCACGAGAAGGAUAGAGAGCUACAGAAGAAAGAGGAGACAUUACGACAGAAGGAUAUUGUGAUACUUGAGAAGGAUAAGGAGUUACAUCAGUCUGAAGAGUCAGUUCGUAGGUACCAGCAACAAGCACUUACUGAUGAUCACUGGGUUAUUAAUAAAGAUGAGGUGACUUUAGUCAAUUCAAUACAAGAAUGGAAGAACAUUGCUGAAGAGAAUAAGAAACUUAAAGCUAAUGUAACCAUCCUGACUAAAGAGAAAUCACGAUUAGAGGAAAGGAAUGACGAUUCAACUGAAGAGAUUGAGAAACUUAAGGCUAAAGUUGUUGAUGAUGAUAUGGUAAUUGCUAAACUGACAAAAGAGAAAUUACAACUAAAGGAAGAGUUGCAGUCAAUGGAAGAUAUUUCAACUGAUACUAAGAGUAUUCAAUGUGACUACUGGACCAAAGCAGAAUUACCAUUUGAUGGUAUGGUAACAUUGGGUAAGAAGGUGUGUCUGUAUAAUGCUAACAGUAGUCAUGAGUUAGAGUUGGAUGAAUGUGGUCUUAGCCUCUCUCUACCUGAUGGACUCUUCUCUCCAGUGGAUAGCACUGUCUAUGAAGCUGCUGCUCAAGGUCUAUGGGGAGGAGAUUUUGAGUUCCCUGGAGACACACAUCUGAUCAGUAGUGUGUGUUACAUAUCUGUGUCUCCUACUGCUCCUGAACUGGAUAAACCAGUGACUGUACAGCUAGUACAUUGUGCUCAUUUGAGCUCUGAAUCUCAGAGCAAGUAUCUGAGCUUUGUAGUAGCUAAGGUUCAACCUGGUAAAAAGUACGGCCCUUUUAAGUUUGAGUUGUUACCAGGAGGAUCAUUCUCACCUGAGUCUCAGACUGGUACUAUAGAAUUGAAGAGUUUCUCACUGGUUGCUAUUGUGAUGGGUGGAGCCACACUCGGUGGUGCUGCUGGUGUUGCUGCUGCAAUUGCUGUUGAUCACCAAAUAUAA